ACAUCCACUCAUGAAAAACAGCUUCUCAAACAUUCAGCUUUACAUCUCAUUUUGUCUUCUUCUGAAGAAAGCAAGUCAUGAAGGUUUGGAUGGAACAACGUGAGAGAUGCCGUCUGCUAGCACCAUGACUGGCGGGAGAGCACUGCUGCUCUGUACAAACACAGAGGACUGCAUCUACCAAUCAGCAAACGGGCUCCACUGCUGCGGAUUGAAGCUUGACCAGGCCCAAUCUGUGGUGCUUCAGCGGUCAGACCUGUGUGGGGUCAGGGACAGUCUCUCGUCUCUGAGCAACCUCAACCGAAGCCCAGGAGACACCAUCAUGCUCGCCCACAAGAGUCCCUCCAAUCCUCGGCCCAUUGAAAAUGGUCUGGGAGGUUGCAGCAAGUCUCCCAAGACUCCCUUAGGACUUAAAAGCACUGCCAGCAUUCGGGACAAGAUAUCCCAAUGGGAAGGUAAAACAGAGACCACCGGGUCAAACACCCAAACAGCGGGACUGAAGGAGACUGAAAGUGGAAAGAAGAAGUUACAGCCGGAAGUGCAAAGGAAAGACAGUAAGCGACUUUCCAACUGGGAGAGACAGAACUGUGGCAAAGAGAACGGUAGUAAGUUUGGAGAACCUUUGCACAUUUCUGAGGGACUUGUGAAGGAAAAGGAAUGGAUUUUGGACAAAGGCCCAUUGGGGAGAACAACAGAAACUGGUCAGGACAAAAAGUUGGUGUUGACGCACAUUAAAAAACUUGAGCAAGCGAUGAAGGAGACUCCUUCCAAAUCAUCCUUGUCUAUGCCAGGCAAUUACUUCUGCCCAGCUUCCAAAGAGGAGCAGGAAGAAGCAGAGAAGAGGGCAGCAGAGCCAAUCUUUGGGACUGUGGAUGUUGUGAGAUCCGGCAGCCGUAUUCGAAGUCAGGACUCCGAGAACGUCUACAGUGAACCUGGAGCUCCUUCCAUUAACCCUUUGCCAAAACCCCAAAGAACAUUUCAACACCACACGCAGACAAACAACCCUGCGGCCAAUCACGGUUUCGUCAAGGGUAAACGAAAUCUUCCCCCUUUACCUUCCAUACCUCCCCCACCCCUUCCAUCCUGUCCUCCACCACAAGGGGCCUGUAGAAGACCUUCCGGACGAGCUCGAGACACUAAUAACAGGAAGUCCUACGAGUUUGAAGAUCUUCUACAGUCUUCAGCAGAAGGUUGUCGAGCUGAUCUCUAUGAGCUGUCUAAGCUAGGCCUCACUCGCACUUUAUCAGAGGAGAAUGUCUACGAGGAUAUCCUAGACCCUCCAUCGAAGGAGAACCCAUAUGAAGACAUAGAGUUGGAAAGUCGCUGUCUUGGGAGCAAGUAUCCCGUUCUUUCUUCCCCUUCCUCUCCCAUUCCUGACACCCCAUCCAAGCUCCCCUCCAAGCCUGGCUUCUUCAGGCAGAAUUCAGAGCGACGUAGUUUCAAGCUAUUGGAACUGCGCAAGACCGGCAGAGAUGGCGGCAUCGCGUCCCCGUCACGGGUCAGCCCUCCAUCAACACCCAGCAGCCCGGAUGACACCCCGUGUCUGUCGGGGGACCCUUACAACCGACGGCGGAGGAAAAUCCCAAAGAUGGUGCAGAAAAUCAACGGCAUCUUUGAGGCCCGAAGGGGAAAGAAGAGGAUGAAAAGGGUCUCACAGUCAACCGAGUCCAGUUCAGGAAGAGUGACGGACGAAAACAGCGAGUCUGAAAGUGACACAGAGGAGAAACUAAAGGCUCACAGUCAGAGAUUAGUGUCGGUCCAGUCUAUGUUGAGGCAAACCGGUCGAUAUCGCACUCUGGAGCGAGACUUGAUGGAACUUCAGGAGAGGAAGUUGUUUGAGUACUUCCUGGUUGUGGCUCUUCAUAAGACCAAAGCAGGUGUCCCGUAUUUACCAGAAGUCACUCAGCAGUUCCCUCUUAAGUUGGAACGAAGCUUCAAGUUUAUGCGAGAGGCUGAAGACCAGCUGAAAGUCAUUCCGCAGUUCUGUUUCCCUGACGCUAAAGACUGGGCACCUGUGGACAAUUUCCCCAGUGAAACAUUCUCGUUUGUCUUAACCGGAGAAGAUGGGAGCCGAAGAUUUGGCUACUGUCGACGUUUACUGCCCAGCGGUAAAGGAAGGCGUCUACCUGAAGUCUACUGCAUUGUGAGCAGACUGGGCUGUUUUGAGCUGUUCUCUAAGAUCCUGGAUGAGGUAGAGAAGCGACGAGCCAUGUCCCCAGCGCUGGUCCAGCCUUUUAUGAGAGGAAUAAUGGAGGCUCCGUUCCCAGCGCCGGGCAGAACCAUCAGCAUUAAGAACUUUCUGCCGGGUUCAGGAACAGAGGUGAUAGAAUUAUGUCGGCCUUCAGAUUCCCGUCUGGAGCAUGUGGAUUUCGAGUGUUUGUUUUCCUCUCUGAGCUUGCGUCUGCUUCUGCGGGUGUUUGCUUCUCUUCUGCUGGAGCGAAGGGUCAUCUUCACCGCGGAUAAACUCAGCACCCUCUCUAAAUGUUGUCAUGCCAUGGUGGCUCUGCUGUACCCGUUCACCUGGCAGCACACGUACAUCCCGGUCCUGCCGCCGUCCAUGAUGGACAUCGUCUGUACACCGACCCCCUUCAUAGUCGGGCUGCUCUCCAGCUCUCUGGCCCGUCUCAAAGAGCUCCCGCUAGAGGAGGUCCUGGUGGUCGACCUUGGCAACAGUCGUUUCCUGCGACAGAUGGACGAUGAGGAUUCAAUUCUGCCUCAUAAACUCCAGGCUGCUCUCGAACACGUUCUAGAACGGAGGAAGGAACUGGCGUGUGACGUGGCAGAUCAUCCAAAUGAGCCCAGUUCUCUGAGCAGUGUGGUGUCAGAGGCGUUUGUGCGGUUCUUCGUGGAGAUUGUGGGUCAUUACUCGCUCUUUAUGGGCGGCAGUGACCGUGAUGAAGAAUCCUCUGCCUCGUCUUCCUCCUCUCCGACUCCUUCGUCCUUCCAGCGCGAGGCGUUUCGUAAAGCCGUGUCCUCCAAGAGCCUGCGCAGAUUCCUGGAGGUCUUCAUGGAGACGCAGACGUUUGCGGGGUUUGUGCAGGAAAGAGAGUUUCGGAGGCAGGGCCUGAAAGGUUUGUUUGAGAUGAGGGCUCAGGAUUACCUCGAUUCUCUGCCAGGCAGUGAGAACAGAGGCGUCAACAAGUUCCUCAAAGGUUUAGGACACAAGAUGAAAUUCCUGUCCAAAAAGUGAACACUAGACGUGUAGCACGUGUAUGAUAGACUCACUCUCACCAGAUCGUCUGACCCAAAACAGACCAGCAGGAUGGGCUACGGAGACCCGACAGGACCUGAGGACCAAAGGCAACGGAAAACACUAGUUCCCCAAACCACACGGACCUUACAGGACUUGAUUGAAACCCCAGAACAGAAGCGGCCUUGUACAGUUCUUUCUCUCGUUUACUACAUAGAGUACAACUUCUUCUGAAACAGAAGGCUAUAAAUUAAUUUAUAUUCUUUCUAGAAAUAAUAAGACCUUUAUGACUUCCUGUGUAAAACUUUAUAUGUUUCCCAUAAAAUCAAAAUGAUGUUGUUAGUUUGUCAUUUGUCAUAUUUAUCGUAGUACGUUACAGACUCGAGACCGUCGACCGCUUCGGGGUUUCCGAGAAACAUGCCACCACUGUGACCAAAUCAAAUUUUGUUCUGUGUUUAAAAACGGGGGAAAAAAAUCUAGAAUCUUGAGACUGCAGGAUCGGAACUGUUCUAGAAUUAUUAUUACGGAAAAGGUUCUUGACCGAAACCAGAACAAAGUUGGAGUUCGGAGAUGUUCUCUGUCUUGAGUGCAUUACAGGAACACCACUAGAGGUGCUUUGAACUUGAGUGUUUAAUAA